AUGGCCCCCCCAGCCGAGAUCUCCAUCCCCACAACCUCCAUAUCCACCCCCUCUUCCGAAUCCGGUGGCUCCUCAAAACCCUUUACACUCUAUAACAUCACUCUCCGACUUCCCCUCCGCUCCUUCGUCGUCCAAAAGCGCUACUCCGACUUCCUCGCCCUGCACCAAGCCCUCACCUCCCUUGUCGGCUCCCCGCCCCCCGAACCCUUGCCCGCCAAGAACUGGUUCAAAUCCACCGUCAACUCCCCCGAGCUGACGGAAAAGCGCCGCGUCGCUCUCGAGCGCUACCUCCGCGCCAUUGCCGAGCCGCCCGAUCGUCGGUGGCGUGAUACGCCCGUCUGGCGCGCGUUUCUGAACCUGCCCGGCGGGGCUAGCGGUGCCAAUGCCGCCGCUAGUACUGCGGGUAGUGGCAGCGGAAUCGAGGGAAAAAUUCCCGCUAUAGGCCUGAAGGACGCGAACCUCGCUGCUGCCAGUGACCCGGGCACGUGGCUGGAUUUGCACCGCGAGCUGAAGGGUGCGCUGCACGAGGCGCGCGUGGCGCUGGGAAGGAGGGAUGGGGCGACGGAGAAUAUGACGAAGCUGGAGGCGGGCGCGGCGGCCAAGAGGGCGCUGGUUAGGGCGGGCAGCUUGCUGGGCGCGUUGCAGGAGGGCUUGGGGGUUCUGAAGAGUGGUGGACGGGUCGGGGAGGGGGAACUCAGGAGACGAAGGGACCUGCUGGCGGCCGCGAGGGUGGAGAGGGAUGGGUUGGAUAAGCUCAGUUCGAGCUUGGCGCAUGCGAGCAGGGAGGCGGCGAGGCAGGCUUCGAUUAGUGGGCCGUCGGGGAGUGGGAGUAGUAGUGGGGAGGCCGGGGAGAGGGCCAAGUUGUUUGCUGGGUCUACUGGUGCUGGUGGAGGGUCGGUGAGAGGAGGGAGGGUAUUGGGCGCCCCGUUGCCGGAGACGGAAAGGACGAGGGAGUUGGAUAACGAGGGGGUGCUGCAGCUGCAGAGGGAUACGAUGCGCGAUCAGGAUAUGGAGGUGGAGGCGCUGGCGAGGAUUGUCAGGCGGCAGAAGGAAAUGGGACUGGCUAUCAACGACGAGGUUGAGCGGCAGACGAACAUGCUGGAUAACCUCAACACUAAUGUUGAUGUGGUGGAUAAGAAGUUGAGGGUCGCCAAGGGACGGGAGGAGGAUGAGGAGAAUAACGACGGUGAUAGUCUGAACAGGAUGAUGUUUAUCAUGUCAAGCGAGGAAGGCUCCGUGGCGGAGGUUGUGGUUGUUCCUACUACGGUGGCACAAGAAGACCAGCACGGAGCUAUCCACAGACCCCGAAAUGGCCGCUUACGACUACGACGAGACCAAUGGCUGUAUGAAUUAUCAUCGGAUGACGACGGACACGACGACCACAGCAGCACCAAAGACGAGAAGAAGAGCAGGACCGCAUCACAACAACAGCCACAAGGGGAUGAAGGAAAGGGGAAACGAAAUGAAGGAUUGAGAGCAAAGGGUAGGCCCUCGGGAGGCGGCGGCGGCGGCGAAGAAGAAAGUAACAUGUUUGAUGCUUUCCUUUUGCUUUGUGUCAAGGGCGUUCUCGCCGGUGUCCAAGGGUUUUGGUUGUUGCAUUACCCCUAUUUGAUAGUUCUGUCAGCUACCCUGACACCCCCUGCUAGUCCUUAA